AUGCUAGCACAAGGAACUGACUUGGUUGCAUCAGCACGAGGAAGCAAGAUAUAUGUGUACACACUAUCUGAGGGAAUGGGCCUAGUGACAACCAUUAAAGCAGCAGCACAAAUCUCAGCAGUUGCGUGCGCGCUAAACGACUCGUUUCUGCUCAUUGGGACGGCCACUGGACAAAUGUAUUACUACAAUACACUAGAGAGAAAGGAGCUUGUUGAUCUAGAAAGCUGCUGCGAAGUAUCAAAGCUAUCGCUUAAAAUCACGUCCAUAUUUAUACUAAAUGACAUUGUGUACGUAACAUCCGAAAACGGCACAAUUAGAAUAUUUUCAAUAGAGAUAACUAAAGGGCUAGCAAGCACAGCAACAGAAGCUGCUGCAAAUAUCACAGAAACAGAAACAACCCUGGAAAAGGACGGGUGGAUGGAGGAGAUUGAGUCAAUUGGAGACAAUACUACACAAACACUUAGCAUGCACAUCAGUAGAGCAGAGGGAACAUAUCAUAACUUUAAGUCAGUAAGGGAGAUAAAGCACACCACGCCAAUAACCAAAAUUGCAGUAUGCGGACCCAACAUAUACAUACUAGAUAUGCGAGGGCGUGUUAUUGUGUUCCCUUCAAAGGUUGUGUACGACAGCAUUGCAGACAUUCACUUUAGAAAAUACCUAUUUUGUAUAGAUGGGAAUACUGUGUUUGCAGAGGUGGGGCAGGUGUUUACAUCUGUGUACUUCGCGAAAACUGCAAUAAAGCACAUGUCAAGCAGCAUGCAGGGCGGAUUUUUCUUUAUACUGACAGAAAAAGAGCUGGAGAUUAUGAGAAUUGAAGAAAUGGGUGGAAAGAGAGUGCAUGCCUACAAGCUGCCAAAAGAAGCUGAUGAGAUUGUGGUUGAUUCAAAAAGAUCCAUAGUGUACAGCAUGUGCAAUGGAAAGCCUGCGCGGAUGGAAAUAGACUACGUGUGGAUAGAUAGAUCCAUGGAAGAUCUAAAAAUAGCGGGCAGUACAAUUAAAGAGGUCUGCCGAGAAGAGGAGCCCAUUGAGGAUGCAGACGGAUACUUUGAUAUUCCGAAUGUAAAGGCAGUUAAGGACCUGGCCCUUCCAUCUGUAAAGUAUGCAGCUGGCAAUUUUAACAUGGAUAUGCGCAAAGGAGGGUUUGAUUUCGACUCUGCCUCAGAUGAUUCAGGCAAUAACAACAACGAGCACAAUUCAGACAUUGAAGACUUGUUUAAUGCAGACGAAAACUCGCCCUUUUCUUCCAGCCCUGCCAACGAGCAAGCGCAUCUUCUCCUAGAGAAAGAUGAACAGAGCACUACACCUCAGCCUAAACAGCACUGCAUAGUAAAUAGAAUAUGUGGGCCUGUGUGUAUUACAAAUAAUCAGGACAAGCUUAUAUACUGGGCGCCUGAGUGCACGAUUCGGGUAUUUGAAAGGACAGACUAUAAGCAGAUUGAAGUCACUACGCGCGCAUCUUCUGUUGAAAUCUCCAUUUUGAAAGAGUUGAACGAUGUUCUUCUUGCAUGCGCAUCUGCGUCUAUGCUGCUUCUUUAUACUGAGGCGCAUUUAAAGAUAUACCGCAGUACAAGCGGGGUCUUUACAGAAAGUGCACUGAUCCACAAGAUAGAGCCAGGCCACAAAAUAGAGAGGCUGGUUUGCGGAAAAGACUUCUUCUGCAUAGUAAAUGAGAAUGGCUUACUGUCUAACGUAUCAGUGUACACAAAAGACCUGCAAGAGAUCUACUGCUUUGUUGCGGUUGUGCGAGGAAUUUCAGCAAGCGGCGACUAUCUGGCAGCCAUUCUAGAAGAAGGAGAGGGUGUUGUUGUACGAGUGUUUAAGUACACAGAUGGAGCUAUUCAUACUGUAAGCAGUGCGUACUUCAAUCGCCAGGCAAUUGAAUUCUGCGGGGUGUCCAGCACUGGAGUUUUUGUAUUCCAGGUUGCUUCUCUCCUCUAUGCACUUGGCAGAGACCGAAUUAUUGCGCUGUCUUGCACAGUGCCUGGCAUUCCAAUUGCUAUUGUUGGAGAGAAUGUGGCGUAUCUGCUUGAAAAUGAAAAUAAGACAGUUUCUGUGCAUCCAGAAAUAGUGCAGUAUGUCCGCAUAGAGCGAAAAUGCCAACUAAGCCAAAAGAUGGAUAUUUUCGCAGCAAUUGAAAAGGAAAUGCUUACCACUCCUAUGCACCAUGGAUUCUCUGAAACAAAGAGUACAGUUUCCUCUGGACAAUUUAGUAAGACAGGCCUUAGUACAGAGGAUGAUGAAAAUACCAUUUUCAUCUCUAAGGCGCACAAGGCAGUUAAUACUACGCCCAGAAAGCAAAAUACAAGCCAUUCUGACUCAAGCAAAAUUGAACACUCCCCUAUGCAUACACCAAUCAAGAAGGUAAAGCAUUCAAACCCAUUUGCUAGAAAUAACUAG